AUGAAGAACUUCUUCAGCAUAAGCCCCGGCAUAUCGUUACCAUUAUCACCGCCUGAUGCUGUAUACUCUUAUCGUGCAGCGAGUAAUACUGUUACUACGACAACGCCCUCUGCUGCGAACCAUUUAUUGGCUACAUGCUCCACAUUUACAUCCGUCCUGGUCUCGGAAAAUUACAAGUGCACAUGGCAAGGCGACAUCCACUCACCAACUGGACCUCUUGCGGAUCUUUCGUACUUAAAAAUGAGGUGUUUACAAGGAGAGCGUUCGCGGUAUUCCAAGUCUGAGGUCAAGUUGCUGCCUGAGCAGUACAAUUCGACCGAGCCAUCAGAUUUGGUGCGGCUUAUAUCGAGCAUGCUUAUGGAACUGGUUCAGAUCAACGACAGGACGUCACUGCCCCAGGGUCAGCAAACUAGGUUUCACUCUCGUUCGCCGCCACAAAUUUCUGUGCACGACUACCUUCAGCGGUUGACUACGCAUGCUAAACUCCCGCCGGCCAUUCUUCUCACCAUAGUCUACUAUCUUGACCGGCUUUGCGCAUUAUAUCCUGCUUUCACGGUUUCCAACCUGUCGAUCCACCGAUUUCUGAUAGUUAGUGCAACAGUAGCCAGCAAAGGCUUAAGCGAUCAAUUUUGGACCAACAAGACAUAUGCUCGAAUCGGCGGAAUCAGUACGACAGAACUAGCAAUGCUAGAGCUUGAAUUCCUGUUCAAGGUGAAUUGGCAAAUUGUUCCGGACCCACAGGUGCUGGUUGACUACUACCAACAUCUUGUCGAUCGGUAUGAGGGCUUCAAAAUUGUCGACCAGAGUUUCUAA